GUACGAGGCUUGCGAGAAAUUGGAGAAGAAUGGCGUGAAAUUCCAGAAAAAGCCAGACGAGGGCCGAAUGAAGGGUCUUGCCUUCGCGCUGGAUCCUGAUGGAUACUGGGUGGAGAUUGUUCGCCGCGAGAAGCUGGGAUGGAAGGAAUAUUACAACCUUUCCCAGACCAUGCUGCGUGUGAAAGACGGCCCUGCUAGCGUGGAGUUUUACACCAAGCACCUCGGAAUGACGCUCCUGCGAAAGAUGGACUUCCCGCAGUGGAAGUUCUCCCUGUACUUCCUUGCUUCGCUAACACCUGGAGAGCUGGAGGAAUGUCUCCCCCUGGAUCCCGAGAACAAGCAUGUUGAUGGCCUGAAUCCAGAGCUCCCGAACACUUUGACAAAGAUCGCGUGGAACCAAUGCCUGGAGCUAACCUGGAACCAUGGCACCGAAAAGGACCCAGACUUCAAGGUCCAUGAUGGCAAUGCUCAGCCUCAGGGAUUUGGGCAUAUCGGCUUCAUUGUGGACAACUUGCAGGAAUCCUGCGACAAGAUGGAGGCCGAGGGCGUCCUCUUCAAGAAAAGACCUCAAGAUGGCAACAUGCGUGGCAUAGCCUUUGCCUAUGAUCCAAACGGCUAUUGGGUGGAGCUCGUUGACCGAAAGGCCACAUUCAGUGGCAUCUGCUCCAACUACUGA